AUGGUCUCUCUAGCACGAACUAUCCGAUCCAUACGUCGGGUUGGCCUCAAGGAAUGGUGGCAUCAGAUGCAGUACAUUGGUGAUGCCAAAUCAGGGAAUCUUAUGGGCAAGGACCAAUUUGGUAACCGCUACUUCGAGAACUUGAACGCAGAAGAGGAGGUGCCUGGUCGCCACCGCUGGGUUGAUUUCGCUCAGCACGAUUUCAACGCCACUCAAGUUCCUGCCGAAUGGCACUCUUGGUUAAGCCACAUCCGUAAGGAUCCACCCCCAGAAGAUCGUGUCAUGCAGAACCUAUCCCCCCCAUGGAAGGCGCCUUGGAUAGAGAACCUUACUGGCACUCGUGGAGUAUACAGGGCCUUCAACACGACUAAGCCCAAGAUUGAAGCUUGGCAGCCCAAAGUGAUCCCUCGAGGGCAGUGA